GCGUAGCAAAGUGAUAUUCUUCCUCUUUUCCUGUUUCUACAGCCUACGUUAGUUUGUCAGCAUGCCGCACUCUUUCGGUCUUCGCGCUCGCACCCGCCACAUGUUCUCUCGCAAGUUCCGCGAGCAUGGCGCCAUUCCUUUGUCGACUUAUUUGAAGACCUACAAGGUCGGUGACAUUGUCGACAUUAAGGCUAACGCUGCCGUCCAGAAGGGUAUGCCCCACAAGUUCUACCACGGCCGUACUGGUGUUGUUUACAACGUCACCAAGUCCUCCGUCGGUGUGAUCAUCAACAAGCGUGUUGGUGGCCGCUUCAUGGAGAAGCGUGUCAACCUCCGUAUUGAGCACGUUAAGCACUCCAAGUGCCGUCAAGAAUUCUUGGACCGUGUUAAGGAAAACGCUGCCAAGAAGAAGGCUGCUAAGGAAUCUGGUGAAAAGGUCUUCUUGAAGAGACUUCCUGUUCAGCCCCGCGAAGCUCGCUACGUCAAGGCCAAGAAGAACGUUCCUCAGACCAUCACUGCCGUCCCCUACGAGACUCUUUUGUAAAGAAAUGUUUGUAUAUUAUGGUGCGCCUUAAUAAUAAAAGCAUAAAAGAAACGGGGAAUAGGACUAUUCUAU